AUGACUGUUUCAAUUUUUUGUCCAUGCAGUGAACCAAUUGAUAUAGGUCAUGAAAUAGAUCCAUCGGCAUUACAAUUGGAUUCAUUCCCUCAAACAAUCAUUGAUUUAAAUACUCAUCAUUUAUUAUCAAAUUUAAAUUAUUGUGAACAUUGUCAAAGUAUUAAAUGUCGGAAAUGUAUUGAACCUGAAGUUAUAUUAAAAUAUUGUCCUAAAUGUCUUGUUGAAAUGAAACCAGAUUAUAGUUCUUGUUCCAAAAAUUGUUUUGAUUGUCCAAUUUGUAAUUCAAAUGUUAGUAUUCAUAUUCAAUCUCCAAAGAUAAAAAAUUAUAAAUUAAAAUGUUUAAACUCCAAGUGUCAAUGGUCUUGGGAAACUGGUGAAUUAGAAAAAUCAAGAGCUUUAUCCCGAGUGGCAAAAUCUCAAAUAAAUCAAACUGAUGAAAUGCAAAAAUUUAGUAAAUUAGAACUGUUUUAUAUUCAAAGGAAACAAAUUUUACAAGGAAAUUUCCAAAUCCCAAAGAAUAUAACAAUGGAAAUGAUAAAUUUGAAAUUAAAUGAUAAUAAACCAAUGGAUUUAGAAAAAUAUUUACAAAGAGAUUCAAUCACAAAAUUAAAUCAAAAUUUAGAUCAAUCAUCAAUGACAUAUUUGAAAAAUCAACAUUCAAAUGAUUCAAUAAUUAAUUAUAAACAAUCAAUGAAAUCAAUAAUUCCUCCAAAAGAUAAAACAAUAAAAAUACCACCAAUUUCUACAAAAUUAUCAAUAAAAACAUCAAAAAGAUGUAAAGCAUGUAGAAAUUCAUUAAUGAAACCUGAUAAAGAAAUAACUUCAUCAAAAUUUUACAAAUUAUCAAAUGCUAUAGAUUAUCUACCAACAAUUCAAAUUCAUAAUUUAGAAAAUCUACCAAAUAGAUUUUUAUUAUCUUUCCAAAACCCUCAAUCUGUUAAAAUGGAAAUAACAAUAUCAUCAUAUAGUUCCAUCCCAACAACAAAUCAUAAAGUUCAUUUACCAAUAACUGAAAUUUUAUUAGAUUCUAAACCUGAUUCUUCCAAGAAUUUAGAAAAUUUUGUUAAAUCAAUCCCUACGGUGAUGUUAACAAGAGAAACCAAGAUAUCAAGGGUAGAAUUAAUGAAUAGAUCUAAAUAUAAUUUUGAAUAUGAUGUUAAAGAACAAGGUAUAAACUGGUGUUGUUUACCAAUAAAUAUUGAAUUUAAUUCAAAUGAACUGGAUAAGAAAAUUCCAAUUUUCAUUACUGUUAAAACUGAAUUUUAUGGGUUAGGUUAUUGGGCUAUUUUAGAUAUUGAAGAAUAA